AUGUCGCUUUUUGACCAGUUCUCGGCGUUCAUUGGAUACCCCUCGCGCGUGCAGCUAGAUGAUGGCACAUCCACUGACGGUGUACUGUACUGCAUAGACCCAGAGACAGACCACGUAGCACUCCUAUGCCCUUCAGGGCACGAAGUGUCGAGUUAUAGCGUUAAGAUUGUGCUGGCUCACAACGUCCGAGGCAUCAAAAAGAUGUUACAAGAAAGCUCCGAUCUCCCCACGCUUGUUGCGCUUGAGGAAGAGCUGAAAAAAGACGACGAGCGAAAUAGUCUGAAAGACACUGCUAGCAUCCAGCGCCGUCGGAAGGAACUCGGUCAGUUCUUAACAAAGAACUUUGUUUCGUAUGAAAUGGUAACAGAUAGUAGCAUUCGUGUUUUCGGAGGUGCCGCGACGGUGCGCGAGCCUUUUCACACCGUGGAAUGCGCUAAUGAGCAACUUUUACGACAAAUGCAGCAGCUUCUGAACCAAUUUAAUCAGCAUCAGCACGAUGCUUUCCCCUCCUUGGUGUAA